AUGUCGCUUGUCUACGAUUCGGCAGAUCCUGAGCUGCCGAAUUUGCCCGAGUCGGCUCAUUGGUCGGACUCAGACUACGCGAGCGACGACGGGUCUGGGCCCAGCACGGACCAGAUAGAUCUGAAUCACAAGUCCGACAGCGACUCUCCUCGUCCGGUUUCGCAGCCCACUCGGGAACACCAGAAGGCCGCGGGUCCGCACGUGACGGUGCCAAAGAGCGGCCAUAGACGGAGAAACAAGGCCAGGUCGCGGAAAUACGCCGGCAGCGGCACAAAAAAGGAACGCACGGGCUGGGAGCCAGGAAUCGACGUUCGAACAACAAACGUGGUCCUGAAUACGCCCGGGUCGUGGGUCGUGGUGACAGAUUACUCGCCGGACAGAUACAGAGUGACGCACUACGAGGUUGUCUCUGAAACAGGCGCCGACGACGACGCUCUGGAUCUCCAGCUCCUGUAUGCUGAGGGCGACCACGACCCCGAUCCAGAGGCUGUCGAGGCGCGAUUGAAGGAGUACAGAAAGCGCGCAGCACAGUCGAAGCUGGCGUUUGAGCGCGGAGUCAAGAAUCGGCCCCCGUGGUCGCACGUCCGGUGGAUCAACGUCAACGGGCUCUCGUGGGAGGCCAUUUCGACGAUCGGCAAGCACUACAACCUCCACAGACUGUCCAUUGAGGACAUGAUCGACAUUCCGCAGCGAACGAAGGUCGACUUGUACGCGAACCAUCUGUUCACCGUGCUUCCCCUGAUUAAGGUGGUCAGAACGAGCCGUCCGCGAGAAUCGGCUGGAAACCGCCGUUUGUCGGCCGACGACUCAAAAUCGCUGCGCUCCAGAGCGUCCUCUGUGCACACCGUGGACAUGUCGCUUUCUGAGCGCAUCAGCGACGAGCGGAAGAUGCGAAAGCUGUCGGACAUCAAUUUCAGGUCUCUUGGCGACGAACGCAAGAAAAGCCGCAAGAUGCGCAACCUCGAGAUCCGCAGACCGCUCAACAGCAAGGGGCUUGCCGUAGGAAUCGAGCAGGUCUCGAUUUUCCUCACCGACGACAACACAGUGAUUACAUUUUUCGAGCAUUCGGCAGGAGACAUCACCAAGGCCAUAUUGACCCGACUGGCGGCCAGAGACACGCUGCUGCGCACGAGCGACGAGGCCUCGAUUCUGUUCCACUCGAUUCUCGACGCCGUAGUCGAUCUCGUCUACCCGGUGACGUCUGCCUACGACCAACGCUUAAACGAGAUAGAGCUGGACAUUCUCACCAACCCGACCAUCUCGCACACCCAGGAGCUGCAUUUAAUGAUCAACGAGCUGGCCAACCUCAAGUCGCGCAUCAUGCCAGCCUGCAACCUGAUCCACCAGAUGAGAGACGUGACCAACUUCCGCAAAUUCAUGUCUGAAAACAGCGUUCUGUACAUGAACGAUAUAUACGACCAUUUGGUGUCGUACGUGGACGACAUAGAGUCGAUGUCGAGGACGAUUGAAAAUCUGGUGAACCUGAUCUUCAACACGUUGUCGGUAGAAACCAACAACUCCAUGAAACAGCUGUCUUUGGUGACGGUUGUCUUCCUUCCACUGAGUUUUUGGGCAGGAUAUUUUGGCAUGAAUUUCGACAGGUUUGGAAACCUGGAGAAAGGAGUCGGGUUCUACUGGAAAGUGACCAUUCCGUUCACGUUCGCGCUGAUUCUGCUGGUGAUGUGGCGCGACAUCUUCAAGAAAGUGAACUACUCAAGAAAAUACGUCACACGAGUGAUGGCCGACUUCGCCCUAGACAGAGCAGAAAGAAAGAAAAAGCUACGGCGCAGGAAAAACCUGGUUUAA